CAAUCUCCUGCUCUGUCAUCUUCUGGUUUCAAUGAUUUCUGGUUGCCAGCAGAGAUGAAGAAAAACAUCCCUCUACAAGACCAGAAAUGGAUAGCAUCCACAUUGUGGGGGAAUCAGAGACUUAGAAGUGGCCUGAAGCUAUGGUAUGAGCCACCUACACCAGCUCUGAUUUACCAUCAGGUGCCCACACCAGAUCCCUUCUUCACCCAUCGUCUUCUUGUGUGGAUGCCAUACCACCUGUGGAAGGUCAGGUUGCAGUGCCCAGACUGCGGCAAGCAGCUGACUGGUUGCGGAAUCCAUAAAAGAGUGCGACAUGUCUUGGACAUUGACAGAUAUUACCUGAUGGUGACCGAGACUCUCCGUUGCAAUUUUUGUAAAGUCACCCAUCUGUCAACAAGCAAGACCGUCCUGGACCAACUGGAUGUCCCUCACCGGUCAGAGUUCCGAAUCAUCCUCACACGAAAGUAUGCUUGUGAUAUUAGGGUCAUCCGUCUGAUGAGAGAGAGGACAUUGGGGAACAGCUCCAAUCGUCUCCUAAAGCAGCUAAAAGAAAAUCACAGAAGCUUGCUGGUCCAGCCAAGGGGACAGCACAGUGGAUGACCUCUGUCAGCAACGAGAGAGGUCAAAUUCUCAUCAGUGUGCUCACUGCGCAAGAGGGGCCAGGAUUGGAUGCAAUGGUCAAAGGUCUCAUCAAGAGAUACUCCCAGGCAGCCAUGGUGCCACCAAAGCUCUUGUAUGUGGACUCUGGCUGCUGCAAGGACACAGGUGGGCAGACUAAACUGGAGGAGAGGUUUAGCGGUUGGCCAGACCUCACUGUCAGACUGGACAUCUACCAUUUUAUGAGGCGCCUGGCUGUCGGUUGUACCACUGACGCUCAUCCUCUGUACCCCACGUUCAUGGCCCGACUGUCCUCGUGCAUUUUUGAAUGGGACCCAAAUGAUGUUGCCUUGCUGCGCUUGGCAAAGAGGAAACAGCUUAAAAAAGAGGGUGUUCCUGGGGUGACCAGUGCAAUGGUGGACAGGAACAUCACAAAAGAUGAGCUGGCCCAGUACUGCAGACGAAGGACACGGGGUGAGGAGACCACAAUCCUCCUCAUUCAAACACUCCUGCAGGAGCUGAUGGGAGAGAAGGGCAGAGACCAAAUGGGUGUCCCUUUGUUGGACAAUGUCAGAAUGGAGCACAUAUGGCGUGUGCAGCAGAGGCAUGUAAAGUGCAUUCAGGAUGUACCAGGUGUACCACUGUACACUGACAUAGGGAACACCACAGUGGAAGGCAUUGUACUAACCAGGUACAGAUGUGCAAGAGGCUCUAAAUCCCUGGAAUCCUUCCACCUGCACCUCAACAGAUUCAUCCCAGGUACACAGGCCAACAGUCUCAACUUUCAGCUGUACCUGUUGGAGGGUCUUAACAGGUGGAAUCAUAACAGGAGUGUGGAGUCUGUGGCAUCCAAACCUCCCUCUUUUCUAUGUUAUUCUGGGGACCUGCUUCACAGUGUGAACAACAGCUCUCUGAAAGUGCUUGGGCGGAGGUUUGUCCCAUCCUUUCAGCCACCCACACAGUACACUGGAGAAUUAAUUGGUAUCGACUACUUGUAUGAGCAGACUGGGCACUCUUUUCCAGAGAUGGAGAAGGAAACUGAAGAGACAGAUGAGUUAUUAGAGGACAUUGCCUUGGAGUAUGAACACCUAGAUGAGGGUUUUGAUGAGCCUGUGUUUCCCAUCCUGGAUAACAUUUUAGCUGAUCCAUUGGCUGCUACCAUCACCAUCCCAGCUGUGACCUCACCCUCCAUUGGCCUUCUGCUUGUGCCACCAUCAGAACAAACAUCUGUGCUCUCACAGUAUCCACCAUCACCUCUGCUGCCUGCUACUCACAUUUCUUCUCCCUCACCACACCAGUGUUCUGUACCACCUGUUGCUCCACUUACACAGUCCUCUGCCUCCUGCGUGGCUCCUCCUGCCCUCACACAGUCCUCUGCCUCCUGCGUGGCUCCUCCUGCCCUCACACAGUCCUCUGCCUCCUGCGUGGCUCCUCCUGCCCUCACACAGUCCUCUGCCUCCUGCGUGGCUCCUCCUGCACUUAUACAGUCCUCUGCCUCCUGCGUGGCUCCUCCUGCCCUCACACAGUCCUCUGCCUCCUGCGUGGCUCCUCCUGCCCUCACACAGUCCUCUGCCUCCUGCGUGGCUCCUCCUGCCCUCACACAGUCCUCUGCCUCCUGCGUGGCUCCUCCUGCCCUCACACAGUCCUCUGCCUCCUGCGUGGCUCCUCCUGCCCUCACACAGUCCUCUGCCUCCUGCGUGGCUCCUCCUGCCCUCACACAGUCCUCUGCCUCCUGCGUGGCUCCUCCUGCCCUCACACAGUCCUCUGCCUCCUGCGUGGCUCCUCCUGCCCUCACACAGUCCUCUGCCUCCUGCGUGGCUCCUCCUGCCCUCACACAGUCCUCUGCCUCCUGCGUGGCUCCUCCUGCCCUCACACAGUCCUCUGCCUCCUGCGUGGCUCCUCCUGCCCUCACACAGUCCUCUGCCUCCUGCGUGGCUCCUCCUGCCCUCACACAGUCCUCUGCCUCCUGUGUGGCUCCUCUUGCCCUCACACAGUCCUCUGCCUCCUGCGUGGCUCCUCCUGCACUUAUACAGUCCUCUGCCUCCUGCGUGGCUCCUGCUCCAGUUGCACAGAUGUCAGCGUCCUUCAUGCCCCUUGCUCCACUUGCGUCAGUCUCUGCCACCACCGAUGCCACUACAGAGGAGCCUGUAGAGCAACUGGCUGUAGAUGACCAUAACAUACCUGGGAUGGACCGUGUGGACAGCCUUGCUGAGUACCUAGUGGGUCUUCGCAGUGAAACAAGUCUGAUAAUAACCAACCAACAGGCUAGUACCAUUAUAGGCCUUUGGCAAAAUUUGCUACCAUAUGACCAGCAGCGUGUAGCUUUUGCUGCUCGUUAUCAGGACCGGCUCACCACAGGCAGGUUCAGGUCACCAAAGAAAAAAAGAGAGUUUACCCCUGGUGUGGAGAGCCUAAAACGCUGCAUUCUGAGCUCCUCUGGUUCUCCUGCCCAGUGGCCAGACUGUUGCCGUCUGUUGGAAGCCAUUUUUGUCAAGCUCUGUGGAAUACACAGGAGCCCAAAAAAACAAGGGCAGGUGACUUUGUCAAGGUGGGCUUUGAUUCUAAAAGACUACAGCAAAAUCCGACAGCUUAUCCUGGGUAAUGGUGCUGUUAUGCAAAGCACCACUCUUCAGCUAGUGGAAGUCAACUCAACCACCCUGAACCAAUGGUACAACAAACGAGUCAAGAAACAGGAUGUUCAGUUAGUGCUGCAAGGGAUAAACCUGCCAUCUUCUGUCCCUGUUGCCACUGAGCCUCUUCAGCCUGCAAAUCUUCGCCCUGCUGUUGCUCCUCCACCACCAGGUGUUCAACAUGUGUACCACUUGCCACAAAGCACAGUAGGGCAGGCAAAGUGUAAAAAACGAGCUGCAUCAACAGAUGACCACUUCUUACCACCUUCUGCACGUCAGAAGAUGUGUGCUCAGAGGAAACUUUUUCCAAAGCCUUCAACUGUCCCGUCUUCUCAAACAUUUUCUCUGCAAACCACUACAACUUUAAGUCAGCCAGCAGUGAUAUUUAAGCCUUCCCCUCCUUUGUCUUCCAUUUUUACCAUACCUGUAUCCUUCCCUGUCUCGUCUGUGAGUACUGUUGCCCAGACAACAGCUACAACAGCUUCAUCGGUUGCACCAACCCCAUCCAUGUGUACUACAAAGAAAUCCACAUCCAAGGCCAGGUUUAAUAAAAGGAGAGUGGAGGCAAACUCCUGUCGCAAGUGUGGGCAGUUCAGAACUGAGACAACAGGGCACAGUCAGUAUAAAGGGAAAAUAUAUUGCCCUAAUACAGAGACAAUGUCUCGGGAAAAGUGGCUUGAGGAGACAAAAAAGAGAAAAGCUGACCAUACCUAAACACUGUACAUUUAACUGUAUUUAGUUUGUUUGUUUUUUUGUUGUUGUUGCUGACAAUUUUUCUCUCCGUCAUGUUAUUUAUAGAGUAAAAUAAGCUGGACUCCUAACAUUUUUUGUUAAAUGUUUGAUAAUGUCUCUGUUGGUAAAAAUAAUUACACUUUUGCAUGUAAAUUCAAAUAAAUU